UUUUACAAAUCAUCAUUUUAAAUAUCUAAAUUAUUUUUGUUUGAAUUGAUUAUAAAUCAUUAGCUAUAUUGUCACACAGUUUUAAAGUGAUAAAAUUAUAAAAAAAAAACAUGCGUGAUUUAAUUGAAAAAGGAAUUUUACCAGAAGGUAAAGAAGCUGAAACCAUCGAUGAAAUAAUCCGUGAAGAAAAUAUUAUCAACUAUACGAAAACAAUUCAGGCUGGUUCAGAGAAAGGUGAUAAUUAUAUGGGUGGAAUAUAUCGUAUAAUUAUUAAAGGUGUCGAUUCUGAAACGCAUAAUCCACGUGAAUUAAGUUUAAUUUUAAAAUGUUCUGCACGAGCUGGAGCAUUUCGUGAAUCGAUACCACAUAAUACAGUAUUUAAACGUGAAGUUUUCAUGUACGAUAAAUAUUUACCCGAAUUAUACAAAAUACAAGAAGAAAAUGGUUUGGAGAAUGGUUUCAAAAAAGUUGCCAAACUUUAUAAAUUUUGUAUCGAUGAUUUAGAUGAAUUUUUAAUAUUUGAAGAUAUGAAAGAAAAAGGUUUUACAAUGCUUAGUCGUCUUCAGUAUUUGAAUUUAGAACAUUGUCAUUUUGUAUUAAGGCAGUUGGCUUAUUUGCAUGGUUUGGGAUUUGUAUUCAAACAUCAAAAACCGGAAUUAUUCGAAAAAUUGACUUCCAAUAUAACGAAUGCUUUUUAUGAACUUGAUAAUCUGAAGCAUAAUGUUUUUAUUGAACAUAUGAAGGCAAUGACAAAUAAAGCAGCAGAAUCAUUGGAAAAUGAUACAGAAAAUUUAAAGAAAUUUAAGGAUUUUCAAUUACAAUUGAGAGAUAAAGUUGAAUUUUUAAUAAAACCAGAAUUUGUAGAUAAAAAAUAUUCAAUUCUCCUUCAUAAUGAUUGUUGGAAUAAUAACAUUUUAUUUAAACAUGAGAAUGAAAAUAUUUCUACAAAACCAAGUGAUGCAUGCUUCUUAGAUUGGCAAAUAUCUGAAUUACAUUCUCCAGUCAAAGAUUUAUCUUAUUUUAUUUACAAUUGUACCAGCAGUGAAUUACGUAACUCACAUUUUAAUGAUCUAUUAAAUUACUAUUAUGAACAAUUAACUCAAGUAAUUACAGAUUGUAAUUGUUCAAUAGAUGUCUGUUAUCCACGGACUGUCUUUGAUGAUCACGUAAAACGAUUUUUUGCAUAUGGUGUUAUAUUUGCAUUAAUGACAAUUCCGUUAGUUACUAGCGAUAGUGACGAUAUUCCAGACCAUUUUAAUAUGGAAAUAAGUGAUGAACAAUCUGGUUUAAGUGCGUUUAAUUUUAAAACUAAAAAUGAUGCUAUUUAUAAAAUUCGUAUGAGUGGAAUUUUAAAGCAUGCAAUUGCGAAUAAAUUUAUUUAGAUGAACAAAAUUUUAUUAACUCUAGGUAUUUCUGGAGGAGUAGUUUUAUUAAGAACUCUAAACUACAGGAUUUUUUUUUUAUGAUGGCUAAAAUUUUCCCAAAAUACAAAAUCAUGUAAGUUUCACCUUACCUGUCUUAGCAGAAUGCAAGUAUCUAAUUUAAUAAACAGUUUUAAGAGGAAAAUGUGAAAGUAAGAUCUUUUCUGAUAUUUGUUUCAAAUUUCAAAAAUGGUAGCUCGCUGAUGAUUCUCAAAAUUUUACCAGAUAUUCAGAUGUAAACUAAAUCCAUAAAAUGUAUACGGAUAUAAGUUGCACAUGCGAAAAAAUUAUUUUGUUCAUACCAUCAUUUAUGUAAUAUACGUAAAAGUUUAUUUAGUGAAAAUAUGAAGAUAAUUUGAAUUACUUAAAAAUACAAUUAACUUGGUAAUAAAAAUAAAUUUGUUGCAGAGUAAUAAAUAACAUCAACAAAAAUCUAAAAAACAAACUUUUAUAACACAUCAAUUACUUUUGAUAAUUAAAAUUUCAGGGUCAAAUAUGUUUACUAAUAAAGGAAGUAAAAACAGGUUUUAAUAAAAAAUUAUUCAUUUGAUUUUGAAAGCCCAAG